AUGGCCGGUUUCAGGGGCGCGAACUGUGUGCUGAACCUCGCCUUCAGAGUAGCAAAUGAGUCGAUACAACCGGUCGGUAGCUCAGAGAACCACUCCAGCGCCUCCCCGUUAUUGAAUAUGGCCAGUAAAGAGCAUACCGAGGGCCUAUUGAUUGAGGAUGUGAAGAUGUUUUUCCGGCAUUCUUGCAAAGCCAAAUAUGUUGGAAUUUUGAAUCAAAAGUUAAGUGUGAAACAACGAGAGUCAAUUGCACGCACACCAUUUUGGUGGUUUAUGUCGUUAAACCAUUCUGUUAAGAUAAGUCGCAAUUUGUUACCUGUGUUAUGUUAUAGAUGGGUUGAAAGGAGGGGUGGUUUUGCUAUUGGUAGGGAAGUAGUUGAAUUUAAUUUGUUAGAUGUUUGUUUAGGAUUGGGUCUUCGGGUGUUGGGUGAAAAAAUUGAUAUAAGUGACGAUGAUGAAGAUAGUGACUGUAGGAAGUUAUUUUCUAGUGGGAAAGUUCAUGUUAAAAGGAUUUAUGAGUUUCUUUUGGAAUAUGACAAUGAUAGUGGUAGUAUAGAAUUGUUUACCAGCCUUUAUAUAUUGUUAGGCAUAUCUGAGUUCUUGUUGCCAAAUAGAGACGGGAUCGUGUUUCCCAAAAUUUUUAAGUUAGUGGAUGACUUGCAAAGUAUAGGUAAAUACAAUUGGGGCAACUUAGUCUACGACUAUUUGGUUGGUAGCUUAUGCAGUGCUUCAAGGGCGUUGAAGUAUGAAUCAAAUACAAGUCACAUUCAUUUAUUUGGAUGUGUGUAUAUGUUGCAGUUGUGGUCAUUUGAUCAUAUAUUUGUUUGCAACACAACGUUUAAUAGCGACAAAUCAAAGUUCCCACGAUUGUUGCACUGGAUGAAAAUUAAAGUUGGUGACAAAUUAGUUAAAAGUUCCUUUGAUAAAGAAUUGGCUAUUAAUGAGGUUGUGGUGUGUAACGAAGAACUUGGUUAUGAGUUUGUGAGAGAAGCAUUCCAAACUUUUGGGACUUCCUACAACAGAUCAAUUGAUAAGGAGAAUGAAGAGCUAAAACGUCUUAUAGAGAAUGAAGAACGUGAGAUUGCUGAAUUGGAAGCUCUUUUGUCUCAUUUGGAGGAUAUGGUUGCAAAAAAGGAAGAACAUAACCGUACGGAGGGUGACGGUAAAGAUGAUCCGCAUGAUGAUGGUAAUGAUGAGGAGGAGGUUGAUGUUGGUGUUCAUUACACCGUUAAUGACCCUGCAUCUGAUGUUGAAGGUGACGAUUCUGCUGGUGAUGAUGUUGAUGUUGAUGUUGGACAACAAAGCAACAUGUAUGACCGUAUGAAGUCCCAACCUCGAAAGCGAAUUAAAAGUCGUGCAAUAAGGACGCCAUUUGCGGGUUUUGGUAGUAGAAGGAAGACGAAGCUUCUUACAUUGGGUUGA